AUGGACAAUUUUAUACAAGGAAAACAUUUAGAUAAUGAAAUUUUGUGGCUGGCAUUAAAACUCACUCCAGAAGAAAAAAAGAAUCAUGAAGAUAAGAAUGUUGAUGAAAACUCUGAAACUCUUUAUAAGUAUAAUCUUGCUAUGAAGACAUCAGAAAUACAUAAAAAAUUAUGGAAAGACUGUACCACAGUUAAUUAUGCUAAUACAAGAAUAGUUCCUGUUGUUGGAACUUCACGAAUACAUAACAAUAUUGCAUUAGUGUGUGAGAAUGAAUUUUAUAAUAUUAUCUCAUCUAUUGGCAUAAGCAAUGUUGAUAAUAUAGAAAUUUCAUUCCAUCCUGUCCCUGCUUUUGAAUACUCUCCGAAAAUAGCAGCAGCAGCUGAAGUGAGCUUAAUUGUAAAUGAUUUUGAUCUAUCAAAUGAUUUUAUUAAGGAGGUUCUUGGCAACCAUUUUGAAGUACCAAAGUUAGUUAGUGAAAAUGAUAUAAUUGCUAUACAUUUGAAUCCUCAAAUAACCACUAAGUACCAUUAUAAAUAUAUUGAUUUAGUUGAAUCAUUGGGAAUACUGCAUUUCAAAUGUAACAAAAUUUGUGGUGAUUUGGACUCAGUGUCUUCUAAUCAGUCUUCAAAGUCUGUGACCAAUGUGAUAAAAGCUUUUUAUAUUGUUAAAGGUGUUACUCAGUUAACUUUAGGCGAGAAUAUACAUUCCAUGAAACCAAAAAGUAAAUAUUUUAGACCACAGAAAUUGUGUUGCCAGUAUUUACAUAUAUGUCCAACUGGGUUGCAAAGUAAAUUUGAGCAAUUACAAGAGGCAAUAAGCCCAUUUUUGACUGGAGAAAUAAAUGAGCUAUCAUCAUCUUUGUCCAGUCCUAUUACUCCCAUGUUUCUGAUGACUGGAUCAUUGGGUUCUGGUAGACACAUGAUUGUUAAAACAGUAGCAAAAUAUAAUGGAGUAAAUUGUUUCCAAACUGACUGUAAUGCCCUACAGAGUUCCACUGCAAAACAGACUGAAAGUAAAAUUAGCUUAACGAUACAAAAAGCUAAGGCCGCAGCACCAGCAAUUGUUUUGCUCGAUAAUUUUGAGGGCUAUGGUCCCAUUAUUCAACUGUGGAGUGCAGUUGGUCUAAGACCCAAAAACAGGUUGUAUGAUUUGAAGCUAAGCAAAGAAUUUGCAUUAUACUGCUGA